ACAGUUAUUUUCCAGAAAAAUUCGCAGAUUAAUAAAACCAUUGAACGCUACAUUUGGUGUGAACGUGACAGGCAGUGUUUUUGUUUGUACAUAUCUUUGAGUAAGAGAAUUCUCGAACUUUUGCUAAAUUCGUACAAUUACAUCAAAUUAUGGCCACGGAAGAAGGUUUCGAACAGUUCGAAGAUGAAGAGGCAGAAAUUCCGAUUGGCGGGACUUUACCCGGUGGUAGGAAACGAUUAUUUUCGAAAGAAUUACGGUGUAUGAUGUAUGGUUUUGGCGAUGAUCAAAAUCCUUAUACAGAAAGUGUAGAUUUGUUAGAAGAUCUUGUUAUUGAAUUUAUUACCGAAAUGACACACAGAGCUAUGGAAAUUGGUCGUACCGGUCGUGUGCAAGUAGAGGAUAUUGUAUUUUUAGUUAGGAAAGACCCAAGGAAAUAUGCAAGAGUUAAAGAUCUCCUAACAAUGAAUGAAGAAUUAAAGAAAGCUAGAAAAGCAUUCGAUGAAGUUAAAUAUGCAGGUACUGUUAGUCAGUAAAUUUAAUUUGUCAAUAUCAAAGCAUAUAACAAAAUACUUUUAUUCUGCCUGAAUUUAUUAUUUAUAUAUAUAUAUUCAAAUAUAUAUUUUUUAUAAAAAGCUUUUUUUGUGUAAAAAGAACAGUUAUUUUCAUGAUUUUGAGAAAGCUCAGAUAGAGUUUGAACAUAAAUGAUCUAAGUACUUAUACUACUUAUAUACUACUUAUACUACUUAUAUACUAAGUACUUAUACUAAGCAUUAUAGUAGUUGCACAGUUUUUACAAGAACGGAAUGCUACAUGCUUGUGUGCUGCAUUUUUAUGAUACUUCAUGCUUGCUUAUCUACAUAAUUGGAAGAUUAUGGUAUACUUAAGAUUGCUUAAAUGUUUUUGUUACAUAAAAAGAAAUAUGCAUAAACAUGUAUAUGUGGGGGUUUCUGUAAGUAUUAGGUCGUUCGAAAAGUUUUUUUUGCUUUAUAAGGAAAUAAUGGAUGCACAACAUUUUCCGUUUUAUAUUAUUGUAUCGAAUUACGUAUGAUCCAUUUUGUUCCAUCAAAAUAAAGACCACAACGUUCGA